AUGCCGCAGCAGGCCCAGCUGCAGCAGCUACUUGAGCAGGCAGUUGCUGGGUGGGGACCCGUGGAUGAGCCGGUGCCGGCAGUGCCCUGGCAGCAGGCAGAGUCCGACGAGGCAGCAGCAGCCGAAGCUCUGGCCGGGGUGGCAGCAGCUACUGCUGCCGCAGCAGGAGCAGCGGCAGCACCACCAGGCGCACAAGCUGCCGCAGGAGCAGCGGCGGCACAGCCAGCAGCACUGGCUGCAACUUCCGCAGGCCAGGACGUCACGGCUGACCGGCGGCAGCGCAACCGGGAGGCGGCUGCUCGCUACCGCCAACGCCAGCGGCAGCAGGAGAGCGAGCUGACGGCUCAGCUGGAGGCGGCACACCUGGAACGAGACGAGCUGUUGGCUGAGCAAGAGCGGCUGCUGACCAGGCAGCAGGCGCUGCUGAAAAUGGAUGCCGUGCAGCAGGAUCUGCACCAGCAGAUUAGGAUCUUGUGCGCACCCGAGGGCCCAGUUUUGACUGCUGCUGUUGGCUCUGCAGCGGCUAUGCGAGCCAAUGGCGGCCCACAGUCAGCUGCGGAAGUGGUGGUGGAAACCGAACGUACAUUUGUUGAGGAACUGAGAACAGUGGUUUCGGCUGACAGCCCUGGGGCAGCGGCAGAGGCGGCGCUGCGCCUGCUGCCAGCCAAUUUCCAAUCCGCUCUCGAGGCCGACGCUGCCGCUUUUGUGGAGCAGUGUGGCCAGCUGCAGCGCCAGAUUUAUGAGCUUGUUGCCAGCCAGGGGUUCAGCCCCAUACCGCUCCACCCCCAGCCCACGGCAGAAGCCAUCAAGCAGUGCGCGCUGCUCAGAAAGCUGCUGCUGGCACUGUCCAUGGCAAGACCGAGCCCACCCAAGUUGAUGCGGCUGAUGGCAACCAGCAGCGCUGUCCCCCCCACCACCUGGCAGCAGGCCGCGGACAGGCUGCGCCCCACACUGACCCCGGAGCAGCUGCAGCAGCUGGCUCAGGCACGGCAGGGCUGGAUGCGUUCGAUGGGUCCGCUGCUGGCCCGCAUGGGCUUUCAGCUAAGCAGGCCCGCGCUGCAGUCCUGGCAGGUGGCCUUUGCCGCGCUGGCAGCAGCUGGCAGCCCCCCAGCACAGGAGCAGUGGGCGGCUGCACCGGUGCCUUUGGGGCCGCUGUCAGAGGUGCAGGGGACCGGGGCCGCCAGUGGAAGUGGUGGCGAGCCCAUCCAAGCAGGAGCUGCGGCAUGGCGGCCCCUGCUGCUGGCCCCACCGCAGCAGGCCCAGCCUGGAGCAGUGGGCACUCGCCGCACCGAGGGCCAGCAACAGCCCGCACCGUACGGCACAAGCAUGCAGCAGGCGGGGCGCAGUCGUGAGGGGCUGCAGCGCGAGCUGAGGCACCUUGGGGAGAGCUUGCAACGCGCCUGGGUGACGCUGGUGACCUUCCUGCUGGCCACGAUCCAGACCAUGACCCUUUGGCAGUGCACACUGGUUCUGGCCACCUGCCACCCACACUUCCCUGACCUUGUCUCGGUCGUAGCGUACCUGCUUGACGGCCCUCAGCAGCAGCAGCAGCAGCAGCAGCAGCAGCAGCAGCAGCAGCAGCAGCAGCAGCAGCAGCAGCAGGCAACGGUGGAGGAAGUGGCAUAG